AAUGAAUGUGGAACAUGAAAUUAACCUCUUGGUUGAGGAGAUUCGGCGGCUGGGAACCAAAAAUGCUGAUGGACAAGUGAGUGUGAAAUUUGGUGUGCUCUUUGCUGAUGACAAGUGUGCCAACCUCUUUGAAGCCCUCGUGGGAACUCUGAAGGCUGCAAAACGACGGAAGAUUGUCACUUAUCAAGGGGAGCUACUUUUACAAGGUGUUCAUGACAAUGUUGAUAUCAUGCUACUGCAGGACUGAUGCAGUGUUUCAGCUAUGCAUUAAUAGAAUUGUUUGAGACAAUGACUUGCAGCAUCCUCCGAAUACAGCUGAUCAUUCUAAGCUGUUUUGUUGUAUUUUCUAUAUCUUUAUAGUCAAAAGGAGACGUUCCUAUUUUGGAAAACAUUCCCUUUUGUAAUUCUUCCUGAAAUGGUACUGUAUGUGAGUAAGGUAAAAGAUGCCAGAUCUCUCUCUCUUUUUUUCUUUUUCUUUUAAAUCUCAGGUAAUGCUCUCAAAUGUCUGGUGGUUAUUUUCAACAUAUGAAGGAGGAGACUGGUAAUUUAAUGUUUACAAAUCAAAAUGUGCCAUGAAAGUAUGAAAUAAAAGCAC